UUUCUUGCUGUUUGGAUCCGCUGUCUUUGACAAGCUUUUGUUAGCCUAAAAAAAAAAUACGAAGGAGAAUAGGAUCUAUACGCGCUAUUUAUGGGGAGGACUGUUUUUACCUAACCUAUUAAAGAAAAAAAAUCUAUAUACAUAUACGUAUACACCUAUAUAGGGUUCAUUUUAUUUGCUCUACGUGAAAAAUGAAACUUUUGCCUUUUUCUACUUGGUUGCCUUGCCUCUUGGUAUUCAGCUUAUGUCUGGGCUGUGAGUGCGGCGCACUGAGGCGGACGGACAGGUCUAAGAGAGACCUGGUGCGCGCAAGGGAGGCUGUCGGAGUCUCUCCCGGAGCGUGUGGCACACGGCUCCAGCGGGGCAGGCGCUCUGUAUCCGGAGCGGACUGGCGCGCGGGCCGCCUGCACGCAUGUUUCAGUCAUGCGGGAGCGAGCGCAAGAGUAACACUCACCCGCAACAGUGUUUACUUCAGCGGCAGAGGAGAUCAACUACGGCUUAAACCGAGCGUAGAGGUUCCGCGCGGUAAUUUCACCCUGGAGAUGUGGAUAAAACCUGAAGGCGGUCAGCGCUCUCCAAGUGUGAUCGCAGGGCUCUAUGACAAAUGCUUCUAUGCAUCCUGUAAUCGAGGCUGGUUAAUAGGCAUCAGACCAGUCAGUGAUCAAGGGAACAGGGACCCUCGUUUCUUCUUCUCCCUCAAAACAGACAGAGCACACAAGGUUACCACAAUCACAUCCAAUGCUCCCUACUCCCCCAACCACUGGCAUCAUCUGGCUGUCACUUACAAUGGACUCCAUAUGAAGCUUUACCUCAAUGGGGCUCAAGUGGCUGUAAGCCGAGAGCAGUCCGGUGAGGUUUUUAGUCCCCUUACAAAAAAGUGCAAGGUGCUAAUGAUAGGUGGCAAUGCACUCAACCACAACUAUAGGGGAACAUUGGAGCACCUGAGCCUGUGGAAAGAAGCCUUGGCCCAGGGCAAUAUAAUCCAAUACAUGCAAAGCCCUCAAUCUGAAUACCAUAAUGACCUUUCUGAACUAGUAAUUUAUGAGAACUUUGAAAAUGCAUCUCAGAAGUGGCUGACAGUAAAAGAUGGGGUCUUUCCCCAGAUUGGGACUUCUGACCGUACGUUGACAGCCAAUCUUGGUAGCACUGUCGAAACUGCACUGGUUCCUCCACCAUGUGGACAAACAGUCUGUGAUAAUGUUGAGGUAGUGACAAACUACAACCGCUUAUGGACGUUUCGCAAACCUAAGACGGUGCGUUACCGAUUAGUCAAUGUGUACGAUGAUGAUGGUCACUGGCCAACAGUUACAGAGCACCAGAUCAACCUCCAGCACCAGCAUCUAAACAAAGCUUUUCGCAUCUACAACAUCACAUGGGAGCGCACUGUACACAAUGUCUACAACUCCUCCUUGCGCAACCGUCUGGUCCUGGCUAACUGUGAUAUUAGCAAAGUGGGAGACGAGGAGUGUGACCCAGAAUGCAACCACACACUCACUGGUUUUGAUGCAGGCUACUGCAGGAGGCAAACAAUCAGCUGUCCUGAGCAUAAACUAGGGAACAAUGUUUGUGAUCCUGAGUGUAACUGGGAUAAUUUCAACUACGACCAGGGUGACUGCUGUGACACAAACAUCACUGAUGUAACAAAAACCUGCUUUAAUCCUGCAUCACACUACAGGGCCUACUUGGAUGUGAAGGAGUUGAAAGAGACAUUGCACCUUGAUGGCUCUACACACCUUAACAUAUUUUUUGCAAAUUCCACUGAUGAAGACCUAGCAGGCGAAGCCACAUGGCCUUGGGAUAAAGACGCCUUAACACAUUUAGGUGGGAUUGUGCUGAAUCCCUUGUUCUAUGGCACAUUUGGCCACACACAUACCAUGAUCCAUGAGAUUGGUCACAGCCUUGGACUGUACCAUGUCUUCAGAGGGAUUUCUGAAAUUGAGUCAUGCAAUGAUGCCUGUCUGGAGACAGAACCAUCAUUAGAGACUGGGGACCUGUGUGCUGAUACAAACCCCACACCAAAGUACAAAUACUGCAGAGACCCGGAACGUGGAAAUGACACAUGUGGCCAGCGGCUCUUCAAGCACACACCAUUCAGAAAUUAUAUGAGUUAUGCAGAUGAUUCUUGCACAAAUUCCUUUACAAUGAACCAGGUGGCUCGGAUGCAUUGCUAUUUAGAUCUGAUCUACCAGUCCUGGAGGACUGAGAGUAAGCCAGCUCCAGUUCCUCUAGCUCCUCGACUGAUGGAGCAAGGGGAAGACUCCCUCACCCUGGAGUGGUUCCCUGCACUUACUGGGCAUUACUUUGACAGAGAAGUGGGAUCUUUAUGUGACAGAUGUACUGAAGGCAGUGUGUUCCUGCAGUAUGCCUCAAAUUCAUCCUCCCCAAAACCCUGUGCUCCAUCAGGACACUGGAGCCCACGUGAGGCAGAGGGUUCACCGGAUGUGGAGCAGGUGUGUGAACCCAGCGUUCGUACCUGGAGUCCCCAUGCUGGCCUUGACUCCAGCAGUGUGGGCUCUGCUUUGUGCCCUCCACAAGGCUGCAUGCUUCAACUGAACUUCACCUACCCACUUGUGCCAGAUUCGCUCACUGUGUGGGUCACAUUCUUCUCAGCAGAAGAGAGUGAUAUGGCAGCCAUCAACAACAUUCUGCUACUAACACUGAGUGGCAACAAUGUGUCUCUGGGUCCACAGAGCAUCUUCUGUGACAUGCCACUGACACUUAAACUUUCUGUGGAUGAGGAAGUGUAUGGCAUUCAGUUCUUCACUAUGGAUCAGCACCUGGAGAUUGAUGCCACAAUGAUAGCCUCCAAACCAGGGCAUGUACUCUGCCAGCCAUGCCAACCCCUGCAGUAUAGGCUGACACGGAACCCACCUUUCAGUCAUGCACCUAAUGGUGUGGUGCUCAUGGAGCCCAUGAGGAGAUUUAUAGACAGGGACAUAGAGUCUGGCGAGACAUACACCUACCAUGUCCUGACUGUUUCCAAGACAUCAGAAAGUGAACCAUCUCCUGCUCUCAUACAUCAGCUGGGCUCACCAUACUGUGGAGAUGGACUCAUCCAACAUUAUCUGGGGGAGCAAUGUGAUGACAUGAACUUUGCCAAUGGAGAUGGCUGUUCCAACCAGUGUAAAAAGGAACCUUUGUUUAACUGCCUUGAUGAACCCAGUCUUUGCUACUUCUAUGAUGGUGAUGGUCUUUGUGAGGACUUUGAGCGGGAGAAGAGUGUGAGGGACUGUGGGCUCUAUACACCCAGUGGUUUCCUGGACCAGUGGGCCACAGGGGUGGAGGUUUCCAAUGAGAACAGAAUAUAUUGCCCUGCAGAGGUGGCUGCAGGGUAUCCUGCUGUGACAAAGAGCUGUCUGUCGAAGGUGUUUGACCUGUCUGAUUUUGGGGUGUCUCAGUAUGCUUGGUUUCCCUGUGAGGAAUCACAGCGGCACAGCUACAAGACUAAGUACAAGUUAAAGGCAUACUAUUCCCACCCCAUGGUAGCUGCUGCUGUCAUAAUUCACCUGGCUGCAGAUGGGACCAUCUAUGGAGAUCAGACACAGAGUAAUGUCACCGUCCAACUGGUGGACACCAAGGAGCAGCUCCACAAUCUUGGCGAAUGGAGGCUGAGUUGCAGAAACAACCCUCUAGUGAUUCCUGUGAUUCAUGACCUGAGCAUGGCUUUCUACAGGACUAAGGCUAUUGUAGUGAGCUUCCAAUCAGCACUGGUGGCCAUUUCUGGAGUGGGUUUGCGGUCUUUUCAGUAUUUUGACCCAAUCACAAUUAGUGGCUGCCAAAGCAACGAGAUCUACAAUCCAAUGGGGCAAAGUUGUGUACAUUACUCAUGUGAUGCCAUUGACUGCCAGAAGCUUAUGGUGCAUAACUCUGAGACGAAGUGCAGUAGUCCAGGUUACUUCAAUGGUGUCCGCUGUAUAGUCACCUGCGACCGUGGAUACACCCUCAAAAUCCACAGAGAUGACGAAAUCAUCAAAACUCAGUCGGACUCAAUGGCCACCCUCACUUGUGCUGAUGGGAAGUGGAACAAACAGGUGUCAUGUGAGCCAGUGGAUUGUGGACGCCCAGACAAAUACCACGUGCACCUGGCCAAUUUCAGUUUCAAUGAGGGCACCACUUAUGGCAAGAAGUGCACUUUCCAGUGUAUGCACCCAGCACAGUUGCUAGGCAGCAAUAACCUGCUAACAUGUAUGGAAGAUGGCAUGUGGUCAUUCCCAGAGGCUAUGUGUGAGCUGCGCUGUUCUAUGCCUCCUUCCAUCCCCAAUGCCAUCCUGCAAACCAAACGUUGCAAUACCAGUGGUCUCAAAGUUGGCUCUUUCUGCAAGUACAAAUGCAAGCCAGGCUACCAUGUACCUAGUGCUGAUAACCCCAAAAAACGGUCAUUCACACGACAGUGUACAGAGAAUGGUACGUGGCAACUGGGCAUGUGUGUGCCAGUGACAUGUGAGCCACCACCACCAGUCUUCUAUGGCAGCUACCAGUGUACUAAUGGCUUCCAGUUCAAUAGUGAAUGCUGGCUGAGCUGUCCUGAUGUUAAUCACAUGACAACUUCCUCCACCGUGAUACGCUGUAAAAAGGACGGGAACUGGACUGGCUCUUUCCAGCUCUGUCCCCAACUUGAAGGCCAGUGCUCCCUCCCUCAGAACCUGAGCCCGGACAUCAAUCUUACCUGCAGCAGGGGGCAUGACAUUGGAGAGCAAUGUGAGCUGACAUGCAGAGAUUCUGGUAGCAGUGUGGUGCUCCUCCCCAGGAACAUGACUGUGGAUGCCUUAGUGAAAGACCACUGGAGAAACCCACCCAAAGUUAAGAGUAUUGUGUGUACAGUUGUACUGAAGUGGUAUCCAAGCCCAGAGAUUCUCCAUUGCAUAAAAGGCUGUGAGCCUUUCAUUGGCGAUAACUACUGCGAUGCCAUCAACAACCGAGCGUUCUGUAACUAUGAUGGUGGAGACUGCUGUCAUUCUACUGUUAAAACUAAGACGGUGAUUCCAUUCCCCAUGUCUUGUGACACCCGAGAAGACUGUGCAUGUCGAGACCCCAACGCACAGGAGAACAUUAAAGGGAUUCGACACCGAACACUGGGCUGAGGCUGGGUCACUGGAGGUCCUCCUGGUACCACAGCGAAAAGCAAUUAAACAAAAAACCUUUCUCUCUCCAUGCUGCUUACUAGAGGGCCAUUCCACUCAUGCUGUACCCUGACAUGCCUGUCGAUGAGCUGUUGCCCACUAUGGUAUGCUGCUCAACAAGAAAAAACACAUAAAAUAUAGUAUGGUAAAUAGGGUUCAAUUAUGGAGGGAUAAGAGCAGUGUUUUAGGAUCCAGCUCAAUAAAACAUAAAAAAAUCAGAGACGUCAUCAAUAGAAGCUGGACGCAAGCCCAACUUGACAGUUUUAUUGCUUUUUAUUCCCUAGUCCUUAUUUGUAAGGCACAACUGCAGCAAAUUGAUUAGAAAGCAACACAGAGAAAACCAUUUCAUGCUCUGAUUGUUUUGUUUCUUAUUUUAAUAGAAACCAUUUAUUCCUAAUAUAACCAACAAAAAGCAGCAAAGGAAGGACUAAAAAAGCUAGCAGUCCUGGAAAUUCCUAAGCUGACACUUCAGAGAAAUCACUUCAGCUAUUCAUAAAAAUGCUCCCACCCAUGUCCUUUAGUUUCCCACUGAUGUGUUUAACAACAAAUGGUCUGUUAUAGCAUAGGAAAAGCAAAAAGCCCUUCCGAGGCAUUUUGAAAUAUAUUCUUCAAAAGCCAAAUGCACCACUAAGCUGCAUGAAAAAUAGGAAACAUAAGGGGUCUCUCCUUGAAGGAUUGGACGAUGAGUAGGGAAAACAUAAAUCAGCAAAAUAAAACUGCAAAUCACUAAGAAAUAUGCACACCUGAAUCUGAAAAGUAUCAGAUUUUAUUGGUUUUAUUUUAUUGAAUACUUCCCUCAGAAGAGACAUUCAUUCAAUAAAGUUCAGCCCUAGAGAUGUUUGUAAUUAAGAGCAUGGGAUCAAGAAUAAGACAAAAAAGAGAGAUAAAGACAGAAAGCGCAGCUGUCAUUGUUAUAUUUUCUGCUUGAGCCAUGCAGACAGAUAUAUCUCUAGAGUGUAUAUGCAGUAUUCUGUCCAUCUUACCUCCUGCCAUAAUGCAGCUAUAUAGAUUUAAAAAGUAUUUUAGAAAGUCUAUACAUCUCUGACACAUGUUUAGAUACUUACUGUAUUUAUCAGUCUGCAGGAAUUACAUACAAGACUUCUGGACUAUAUUUAGGUACUUGGCAUUUUAACCUAUUCAGCAAACUAUUUGUUUUAUUAUUAAUCAUACACAAAUCCAGUUCUGUCAUAGCCAGCAAAAUUUACAAAACCGUAAUGUAAAUUUAAAAUUGCAUGAUGAACUUGUCAGGGAGACUUGGAUGCUGAUAUGUGACCUGAUGACUGAUAGUGCUGUGCUCAGACACAAGUUAUCAGUUCUAACUGUGUGAGUGCUUUUGCAUUUAGGUAUAUGCUAAAUCCUUUUUAACAUUACAGCUGCAGCUUUUUUUAAACUUUAACUUUUUUGCCAGUUUUCCAUUAUCCAAUGAUAAUAAUGCCAUCAAUAAUCAUUAUCCCACACUGACUAGUAUAGCCUUGCUAAACUUUCUGACAGCUUUCUGAGGUAAGCUUUAACAGACUCCAACAUUUAUUACUGUUAAAACACAAUGUCAUACAGAUGCCCCAUCAGCACGAAUAAUGAACUAAACAGAAUGAUCAUGUUUGAAACCAAUGAAGGAAUGUACAGGUAUAGCACCAUUUGCUCAUCAUUAAUUAAAAAUUUCCACACAAAAUGGCCAUUGCAGUAGACAUAUAAUAAACAAACAAACAAACAAACAAAUAAAUAAAUAAAUAAAAAGGGUUAUAGAUGAUUACCAAAAGAAAUUAAAAACAGAUGGGUUUCAAUUUCAAACUCUGAGCUAUCAUGUCUACAGUAACUUAUUGAGUAUGUAUCAUUCAUUCAUUCAUCUUCACUAACCUCUUGAUCCUGGUCAGGGUUUGCAGUGAAUCUUGAUCCUUUCCCAGGAUCACUGGACAUGAAUAACGACUAUUCCCUAAAUGGGACAUCAAUCUAUUCCAGGCCACUCGCUCUCAUUCUUGUCAUACUUAUUCACACACUUAUUCACAGGGGACAAUUAUUGUAUCCACUUACUGACAUGUGUUUGGAAAGAAGACAGGGGAAACAGACAUGGGGAAAACAUAUUGUACAGAACCCAGAUUUGGGACUAAUGGUUAAUGACAAAUACAGUACAACAAAAAGUUAUUUUUCCUUCAAAAUAAGCAGAAUUUAUGAAGCAUGUCUAUUGUUUCAGAGUUACUUACUGUCAACCAAACACAUCAACAAUUUCUUUAUAAUUAUUAUUUAUAAUUUGAUUAUGCUUUGAUUUUGCUAAUGUAAUGUAAAACCAUAACUUAGUCAUUUGUAGGCUACUGCAAACAUGGCCAAACAAGAAUUAAUUAUAUUGUCAUUGAUGGUCAUUUUUUGCAGUACUGGCAGCAGUAAACUCACAGACCUUGCAGUUCAUGUGUAGGCAAAAAAAAAUCUAAAAAGCAGGUUGGUUAUAACUCGUCAUGAAUAAUUAAUCCUAGUAUUAACUCUCCUGUGCAUUAUUAAUAUAAUGUGAGUGGGUUUUAAUAUAAUCUUUUUCAAGAGAUUGUAUAUAUUCAUAUGCAUUCCAAUCAAUAAUAUCUUGUAGCCCUUUGUGCACUUUCCAUCCGUGCAAGGUCAACAGUCACAAUAUGACCUCAUCCAGCUGCAGAAUGGCAUAGAGACAUUUAUCUUGCACAGUGUCCAUGAACCCUGCCCCACAUACUCACACUAUGGCUUCCUCUUGUGCAUCUGUUACUGAUAAUGUGGGAACAGCAGUAGAUGUUAAUACAUAGCUGCGUAAAUGCAAGACUGCACAUUCAGCACAGACUGGCUGUGUCAGUUCAACAUGUGAUCUCAGCAUGUUUUCUUUCAUGGAAUUAUAUGGAAGCAACUGUGAUAACGGGAGCAAAUAGGAUAGAGGGCCUUGGGAUAAAUAGAUAGAUAUAUUAGAUACAUUAUUUUACAGUGUCUUUGGAUUUGGUCGUGCAUUAUAAACUGUAUCAUUAAAAAUCUGUAUCUUUAUCUUUGAUAAUCAUUGUCAAUGAUAAAAAAUAAUCUAAGAUAAAAGCUGCUAUGGUUCGAGAGGUAAAUGUAAUUAUUACCUGAACCAGUAUUCGUAGUGUAAUACAUCAUAAUGUACUGAAACCUUUUUUUAAUCUCCCUUUUUUGAUAAAUAUUAGCUCCUAAUUAUAAAAGUAGAAAAGUAUUGCAAUACAAACUUCUGAAAGUUUGUAUGUCUGUAUUUCAAUUUCCCUCAGAAUACACUCUAUCCAUUAGAACAUCCCCAGUGGCAAUAGAAAACGAAUGGUAACAAACAGAGUGAAAAGACCAUGUAGGUAGGACUGUAGAAUAGUGAGUUUUUUGUUUAGCAUUCAACUUAGGUCUAUUUUUAACUUAUCAGUGUGCCAUGUGAUAUUAAGUCUUUAUAAAUGUAUUUAUCAUCAGUGUUUAGAAUGUAUGCUAUUGUAUGUAAUAAUAACUACAAAAAUACUGCUGCUUUAUAUAUGUAUAUCACUUGGAGAGAGUGCCUAGGACAAAUGCCAGUACACAUAAUUUUAUAAUGAAGUAUCAAAUCCAGUUUCAGUUCAGAACAGGCCCACGUCUGUUCUUUUGCAGUAAAUGUCUGCUUUAUUUUCUGCAAAAAUCCUGAUUUUUUUUUUCUUUUAAGCCAUGAAACCCUACAUUUAAACAAGUGAAGCCUGAUUGUAAAUGUUGAAAGAUAAAAACACAUUCUACUGUAAAGUCAACAGGAUCCUAUUGCUUUACCUCAUGCUUGGAAUAUUUGCUGCUUACCUAUUCAGUAUUUUAGUUAUUUAAGUCACUAAGCAAUACACAAUGUUGUAUAUAAUAUAAUUAUUUAUUAAAAAUUUGGGUGUUUUAUUUAUAUUUACACAGUGAUCAUCUAAGUUAUUUUUGUAUGUCUCUGAUGUAAACAUCAUUUGGUGUCAUUAAAACUUUGUGAGUUUU